AUGGCCUCAAGUCUAGAGACGAUCAGCCUGCCACAUCUACCAUUGAUGCCCGUGCAUGUUGCUCUAUAUCGCGAUGUUCAAAAUGCCGCCUCCCUGAAAGGCCAACUUCUCGCCGGUCAUACAGAAUUCGAUCGACUGAAAUCUCAUAAUGUGCAUUCUGAGAUCGUGUUCUCAUUGAACCCUACGAAUAAUAUCACUGAAUCAUUCCGUAGAUUUGGUAUUACCGAUUCAACCAAGGACCUUUUAGUGAUCAAGGUCUCCGUCUCUCCGGAGAUAACACAUGAAUCCGUUGCGGCCCACUUGGAUAGCUCGGUUCAAGGAACACCUGUGCCUUUCGAUGACCAGACACUCUCCAAAAUCUCUGAUAUCAACAAGAUCAAGAAAGCGUACAAGCUAGGUGCUCUGCCUUCACCAACGGCCAAGGAGAAUGAUGAGGCCAAGCAACGACUCGAAAAUUCCUUGUUGAGUGCAAUCGCCUUGAGGGGAUCAUGA